AUGGACGGUUUACCUAGAAAUUCUAAUAAAGGGUCUUCCGUUGUAAACAAGGUUUGUAAUACGGUUCACAAAGUGAUUAAAAACCAAUCAAAACCGCAUUUUGAUUGCGUAGAAUCAGCACGAAGACCUGUGCCACAUAAUGAAGAGAUUCCCGUACCAGUAUGUACCACAUUGCCAGAUGUUUCGAUGUUAGAAGUAGAAGAAAUUGAGGACCAGUACAGUAACAGCAGUGAAAGUGAAUAUAAGGGAAUACAAUCAACUCCCCAGCAGUUUUCCCAAGAAGAACUGAAUGACCUGAUACGGGACCUCGGUCUAUCAAAGCAAACAUCUCAACUUCUAGCAUCCGUUAAAAGAUAA